AUGGGGAAACUGAUCAAGAUGGGGGUGCAGGAGAAGCGGUUACUCUGGCCAAGGCAGCUUCAYUGGAGUCGCCUCCUGUUCCUAUUGGGAAUGUUGAUCAUCGGUUCUACCUACCAAUACUUGAGGAGACCUUGGGGCCUCCCCUCACUGUGGGCAGAAGUCUCUUCCCAACAGCCUAUAAAACUGGCCAGCCGUAACCUCCCCAAUGAUGUGAUGACGAUAGUGAGCACUGACCCUCCCAAAGCUAGCUCUGAAAUGGAGGCUGAGAUGGUGGCACCCCAAGCCACCUUGGACAGGAAUCAAGCAACACUUAGAAUGACAAUGGAGAACACGCCCAGAACACCCAGAAGAAUUGCCAAGAUCACUCCACCAACACCAAAGAAUAAUCACAGCCCAACAGCAGCAGGUACAGAAAGAAUGAAGGAAAAUACCCCAACCACACCAAGUAGAGUACUGAAUCACUACAGCCCAAUUUCAAGCAGACAAACAGUAAAACAUUAUAGCCCAUCAUCCAGGGGAGAAAUGAAGAGCUACAACCGAAUUCAAGCCAGAGGUAAGGUGAAGAACACCCCAACCCCUCCUGGGGAAACUAUAGACACUAAUGCACCAUCCACAUUCAUGAUAAUGGAAACACGUCAUGUGAUCACCCCCAGGACAAGAGUGAAAGACAGUGAAACCAUGGCAACCYAUGAAAUAUUGGAGACCAGCUCUCCCAAGAGGAUACUGGAAGAAACCUCCUCAGCUACCCUUAAGAGAAUAAUUAAAAACACCCCACCUUUCCUGACCGAGAUAGAAACAAACAUCUUGACAUCUCCAAGGAGAAUAGCAGAAAAGAACACCAUGACUAGCUCCAAAAGAGUGGGAAAUAACAGCUCAUCCAAUCCCUGGAGGUUAGUGGGGAAGAACAACCAGACAACUCUUCAGGGAGCAGACCUGGAGCACACUUCAGCUGUGUCUGAGAGGCAAGGGACAAGAAGUACCGCGAUGGGUGGCAGCUCAGCAAAAAACGAAGCCUCUACUGCUAUCCGGAGUGUUAGGAAUCCCUUGCCCAGAACCAGUGCACCCUCCAUCAGGACAGCCUCAGCCACCAUCCAGGAGCUGGCAAAGAAACCUUCUACAGCACCCAGGACCUCUGUAACCCCCCAAGUCAGGGCAAAUCCCACUGUCCAGAUCCGUCAYUGUGUGGUUGUAGAACCAGCCCCAGCCACGCCCACCAGCCCAUCUCCAAGCCUGACAACCUCCCUCUUCCCAGAGGUGCCCGGUCCCAGCCCCUCAGCAAUGCUUCCCAGUUGGCCAGACCAUCCCCAGGGAGAGUACCCCCGGGACCUGUUCAGCGUGGAGGAACGGCAGCAGGGCUGGGUGAUCCUGCAUAUCUUUGGYAUGUUGUACCUGUUUGUGGCCUUGGCCAUUGUGUGUGAUGAGUUUUUUGUCCCAGCCCUCAGUAUCAUCACAGAGAAGCUGCAGAUCUCUGAAGAUGUGGCAGGUGCUACUUUCAUGGCUGCUGGAGGCUCUGCCCCUGAGCUCUUCACCUCCCUCAUUGGCGUCUUCAUAUCCCACAGCAACGUGGGUAUUGGUACCAUUGUGGGCUCUGCUGUGUUCAACAUCCUCUUUGUCAUUGGCACCUGCUCUCUCUUCUCCCGGGAGGUCCUCCACCUCACCUGGUGGCCAUUGUUCCGGGAUAUCUCCUUUUAUAUCCUCGACUUGUCACUGCUCAUCCUCUUCUUCCUGGACAGCCUCAUCGCCUGGUGGGAGAGUCUGCUGCUGCUGCUAGCCUAUGCCCUCUACGUGUUCGCUAUGAAGUGGAACAAGCACAUAGAGGUCUUUGUGAAAGAGCAGCUCAGAAAAAGACCAGUGGCCAAGGUCAUGACUCUAGGGAAUCRCAGCAAGGCCUGUKCCCUCGCUGUGCUAACUGGAGGGAGCAGCUCAGCCUCUCUGCACAACAGUAUCAUCCGCUGCACCUUCUACCAGCUCAUGAUCCACAGCCUGGACCCCCCUGGGGAUAGCCCACCCUCCCAGGACAAGGAGGAGAGCUUGAAUCAGGAGGCCAGAGCCCAACCCCAGGCCAAAGCAGAAAGCAAACCAGGAGAGGAGCCACCAGCUGAGCUCCCUGUGGUCACGGUCACACCAGCCCCAACUCCAGACACUAAGGGAGACCUGGAGGAGAAUCCUGGUGGUCAGGAAGGUGCCGCUGGAGCCGAGAACACAGGUGAAAUGACAGGUGAAGAGGGUAAAGCUCCUGGUGAACAAGGAACUAAGAAAAGUGGAGGUGAUGGCAAAACUGAAGCAGAAGAAAAAGAAGAUGAACUCAAAGGUGGAGGUGAAAACCAAGCAGAAGAUGGUGACAUGAAAGGUGACAAAGGUGAAACUGGAGCCCAGGAAGUCAAUGCUGAAAAUCAAGAUGAAGCCCAAAAUGAGAAAGGUGCAGAUGAUGAAGGGGGAAGUGACGGAGGGGAUAGUGAAGAGGAGGAGGAGGAGGAGGAGGAGGAGGAGGAGGAGGAGGAAGAGGAGGAGGAAAAGGAGGAGCCUCUGUCCCUGGACUGGCCUGAGACCAGGCAGAAGCAGGCCAUUUACCUCUUCCUCCUGCCCAUCGUGCUCCCACUGUGGCUGACGGUGCCUGAUGUCCGAAGGCAGGAGUCUAAAAAGCUUUUUGUUAUCACCUUCCUGGGAUCCAUCAUUUGGAUAGCCAUGUUCUCCUACCUCAUGGUGUGGUGGGCUCACCAGGUUGGCGAAACAAUAGGGAUUUCUGAAGAGAUCAUGGGUUUGACAAUCCUGGCAGCUGGCACGUCCAUUCCUGACCUCAUCACCAGUGUGAUUGUUGCUCGGAAAGGCCUGGGAGACAUGGCUGUAUCCAGCUCUGUGGGUAGUAACAUAUUUGAUAUCACUGUCGGCUUGCCUGUUCCUUGGCUGCUUUUCUGUCUUAUCAAUGGAUUGCAGCCUGUGCCAGUCAGCAGCAAUGGCUUGUUUUGUGCAAUUGUUUUGCUUUUUCUCAUGCUCCUGUUUGUGAUCUCUUCAAUUGCAUUAUGCAAAUGGAGAAUGAACAAGAUCCUGGGCUUCACAAUGUUCCUUCUUUACUUUGUAUUCCUGAUAAUCAGUGUGAUGUUAGAGGAUCGGAUCAUAUCCUGUCCUGUAUCUAUCUGA